UCACACACUAGAACACUGCUUUGCCCUUUUUGAAUGAGAAUUAAUCGAUAAAUCACGUCCUUCAAUUCAUGAUAGACGAAAAAUCAGCAAAAAAUCGUUAAUUAUUCUUCGUUGCUAACUUCACUCAUGUAACUCAUAACCGCGAAGUGUCAUAACCUCUCAGUUUUUCACGUGUUGUUUAAAAUGGCAAAAAUCAAGAAGAAAACCAUUACCAAGCGCCCCCAAAAGGCGAAGAAGGCGAAAUUAAACAAAACUAAGAAAUCGGAAGACUACAGUUCAAUGUCAGUCGAUAAAUUCCUCGAUCAAGAUUUUGAAGCAAGUGCUUCUGACGAGGAAACUAACCACGAUUCAGUCGAGGAAUCGUCAGGAGACGAAAUACAGGAACACAAAGCCGCCCUGAGCAAACUAAAAGACACGGAUCCCGAAUUUUACAAAUUCUUGCAAGACAAUGACAAAAAAUUGCUUGAAUUCAACCUUUCGGACGAAGAGUCUGACGAUGAGGAAAGCGCCCCACACAAACCACCAGAAGAAUUGGAAGUCGCGAGUGACGAAAGUGACUUUGAGGACGACUCCCAAGUCAAAGAAACGGGCACAGUGACUUUAAAAAUGCUCAAAAGUUGGGAAAAUUCAAUACAGAGCGACAAAUCAAACAAGACUAUAACCACAGUCAUGCAGGCGUUUCACGCCGCCUUGCUUAGAGUCAGCUCAGAGGAGGGGCAAGAACAAUCGAAUUUCAAGGUCGAGGGCCCCGCUGUCUUCAACGGCGUGAUCCAAUUGUGUGUUUUGCAUUUGGGGCCCGCCUUGCGCCGCUUUCUGGGGCUGUCGGACGGCUCAAAGCAGCCCCCACACAAGUGCAAGAGGUUCGUCAAGGUCAGGCGCGUCCUUAAGGACUAUUUCAUGGACUUGUCUAAGUUAUUGAAAGGCGUCACUUCUGCCAACAUUCAAACCGUCCUCCUCAAACACCUCCACUACCUGUCCCCGUUCAUGGUCUCCUACCCCAACAUAACUAAAACGAUCCUGAAACGCCUGAUCACGAUUUGGGGCACCGCCGAGGAAGGGGUACGUGUUUUAGCUUUCUUGUGCAUUUUGCGUAUUACCAACGGCCAAAAAGCGAAAUUUUUGGACACGGUCCUGAAAUCGAUGUAUAUGACCUAUGUGAAAAAUUCGAAAUUUGUGAGCGUUGGCUCUUUGGCGUGCAUAAAUUUCAUGCGGCGGUCUUUGGUUGAAAUGUUUGCGUUAGAUGCGGGUGUUGCUUAUCAACACGUUUUUUUGUACAUCCGCCAAUUGGCCAUUUAUUUACGUAACGCCAUCACUGUUAACAAAAAAGAAAACAUUCAUGCGGUCUAUAAUUGGCAAUUUGUCAAUUCUUUAAAACUGUGGGGGAGUUUUCUAAGUGCGAGUUAUCACAAAAUGCAGUUGGCACAGCUGGUGUACCCUCUAGUGCAAGUGUGUUUGGGUGUGCUUAAGUUGGUACCCACUGCCCAAUAUUACCCGUUGAGGUUUCACGUGGUGAAAAUUUUGAUGGAUUUGUCGCGUGAUACGGGCGUUUUUAUCCCGAUCCUGCCUUUUAUCCUUGAAGUCCUGAGCGGUUAUGAUUUUAAUAAGAAGCACCAAAAAGUUUCGAUGAAACCGAUCCAAUUCACAUUUUUGUUGCGCGUCUCAAAGUCGCAAAUGAUGGAAAAUGGGUUCAAGGAUGCGCUUAUUGAGGCGAUUUACGAGCUGUUGCUCGAAUAUUUAACAACGAAUUCGCACAGUAUUAGUUUUCCAGAUCUUAGUCUUUUGUGUGUUGUUCAGAUCAAACAGUUUGUUAAAAAAUGCGCUAAUGCGAAUUACAACCGGAAAAUGAAACAACUUCUCGAGAAAAUCGAGCAAAAUUCGAAAUUUAUCGAAAAUGAGAGGAGUAAAACUACGUUGAAUAUCACCGAUUUUAAGCAAAUUGAGGGCUGGGAGGCGCAAGUUAAGACAAAGGGGACGCCUCUUGCCACGUUUUAUGACAGUUGGAUUAAGCUUCAUAAAGUUAAGAAGAACAAACAGUUGACUAAUAAUGAAGAGUUGGGAGAGUAUAAUUUGCCGACGAUUAAGAAAAAGCCGGCGAAAGUUCGAAAUGAAGGUCCGGUUGAAUUGUUCCCGAGUGAUAGUGAAGAUGAGGAUGGGGGGGAAGAAAAGAAACGGAAAAGGGGAAAGAGAGGUGGGAAGAAUGUUAAUAAGAAGAUUAAGGACGAAAGUGGGCCUGUUGAAGAUGAAGGAGGGGCUGAUAUUGUUGAGGAUUUGAAAAUGAGCGAUUGGUGAUUGUUUCAGUAAAAAUUAUUUUUAUUAUGUUAUUUUAAUAAAGUGAUUUUGAAAUAUU